GAUGUCCUGGAUACUAAUCAUCGGUUCUCCAACAGUUCGCGAUCAAGUUUGGGAAAGGAUACCCUGCGAGUCCACCCCGUGUCCGCGCCAUGACGACCAACAAAGGGCGGUGCCGGUUCAACCCUAACAUUUAUGCGUCGGGCAAGGUUUGCUUGUCGAUUCUUGGAACCUGGCGCGGCGAACGCGGAGAACAGUGGUCAUCGGCGCAGGGUUUAGAGUCCGUGUUGAUAUCCAUUCAAAGCUUGAUGUCGAGCAAUCCCUACGAAAAUGAGCCUGGAUAUGAUACGGCAAAAUCUGCCACUGAUUUGGAAAAUAUGGACGCUUACGUCGCCAAGAUCCGCCAUGAAACCCUCCGCCUUGCGGUCAUUGAGCCAUUGGAGUUGUCAAUGGGAAUCCUACCAGACGGGACGCUGGCACGUUCAGUCGAAAAGCAUUCCGAAGACGAGAGUGAAGAGGAUGUAAGCUGGGAUGACGACAAAGAACCGUGCGAUCGCUUUCUUGACCUCCGUAAACGACGCUUCUUGUGGUAUUUCGACGCCUACCUACGGACCGUCGAUGCCGCGGAGCCCGGCGUCUCACGCAAUCGCAAGUUUCAGCGGAUGCCGUUCGAAGGCAUCGGCAAUAUCAUGGACGGCCAUUUCGACUAUCCCGAGCUCAGACGGAGACUCAACUUCCUUAGAGAAAAGAUACUCGGCGAAACCCGAAAAUGGCCCACCGAGGGGCUCUUAUCCCAGAAGCAAGAGCUGGGCAUCUCCGCGAACCUCCAGCGCCAGUACGAGCAGAUUGUCGAGGAUUACAAGAAUCAGAAGAAUUUUAUGAUCGCCCUGGACCUUGUCGACGGUAACCCUUUUGAAUGGGGAAUCACGUACUUUGGUCGUCCCAUGACACACCUCGAUGGCGGCAUCUUCAAGAUCAAAAUCUAUCUCAGCCCUCGCUUCCCCGAGGAGCAGCCUCGCGUGUUCAUGGAAACGCCCAUCUUCCAUGUGCGCGUGUCUCGGCUCGGGGUGCUGUGCUAUGUCCCACGGCGCAGCGACGAGAUGCGUUGGCAUAUAGAAGCCAUCCUAGCGACCCUGGAGGAGGACUCCCCGGCUUACGAUCCGCGAGCCAACGUGCGCUCCGAAGCAUCCACAAUGUUUUGGGGCUGUGCAGAGGGCCGACGACGGUACCACCGAGAAUUACGGAAAUCGGUUGAGAAAAGCGUCGAGGAGGCGUUUGCAUGAUAUUUGGUGAAACCAUGCUAGGAUAACUGAUUCGGGCAUUUACCCAAAGUGCGAUGGAAUGCCUGUCACUCGCUCGUUACAGACAUGUUUAUCCCCUUGAUAUCUGAGAUGCUAUUUGCUCAUGGGCUAGUUACGCGUUAAGCGGCCGUCAGACUGUUAUGGUCAUUUUGCGGGUGUUGUGGAGCUUUGGUGUCUCCUAUUUAUUACUCCCACGAGAAAUUAUUCCUAUUCUAUCAUUUCUUUCCCUCUGUCUGAUUUUUUUCGUUCCUGUUUUGGCAAUCGAAUAUUCUAGUAAUAAAC